GAUUUCAUAAUUUAAGAGGGAGUUACCUGUUUAUAUGCUGACUAUACUCAAUAAAACAAAUUGGAUAGUAGUUACUUACUCACUACUUAUACGGAUCUCAAGUUGCACAGACAUUCACUGAAUUAGACGCCAGUAUUAAUGUUGAUGCUGUUUGGUAAGUAAAAAAUGUAUAUAUUUGAAGAUAAUAUCUUACAAUAUAUAUAUAUAGCCGUUUGAUAUCUUAUAAUAAUCCAGCAAUUCUCAACCUUUUUAUAUCCGCGUAUCAUUUACACAUUUUUAAAUUUUCCACAUACCACUUGCUACGAUUAUUAGGCUUAUUUAUUUUUACUUAUCAAAAAAAAAAGUUAAAAAAAGACGUCCUAGAAUAAUGAGGAAGGGAACAUCCAUAGUUAUAAGUAAUUUAUAAUAUAAGUAACGAUAUAAAUCAUUAAUUACGAAGAAAAUUACUUACGAUUCUGAGCGGAGUUCAGUUGAUAAUGAUACUUUGUCAACAAUAUAUAUAUCAUAUUAUAGUAAAAUAUUUAAAUAGGUUCUAUAUAUUUUCUUUAAUAAUAUUUGUUUAAUAUUGUACCGAUUUUUCAAGUUUUUCCCAGUUUUUCACAUUUGAUGAGAAAAUUUGUGAGAAAAUCGAAAAAUUACCACUUUCAGGUACCUCUUCACACCAAUUCCCUUUCAGAAAAGUUACUAGACGAAAAAAUCGAAGCAAUUCCUCUGGUAGAAAAGCUGUCCACAAAAAAAAAAAAAUAAAAAUCUUUGUAAAACCAUAAAAUUACUCACUCCACUUAGAAUCUAAAAAUUGUGAGAGUCAUUUUAAUCGUAUGGAACUUUUUAUUAUUAAAUCUACAUAAUUAUAAGCAUUUAAUAUACAAAAGUACAGUUAUUGUUUAUCGUAUACAUGGACAUUAUAAUUAUAACCGCCUAAUAACUUUUUUUUUUCACUUGUCCAAAUAUUUCUUUGCGUAUCACAGGUUGAGAAUAACUGCUUUAUAUAUAUAAUACAACGUUAAUUUUUCCAUGGGGACAUUAAGUUUUCUUAUAUGCUUGCAUAGAAAUUUAUUAUUCAUUGACAUAAUAGAAUCUAUAACUGUCUAUAAUACCAUUAUAUAGAUGCUAGAUAGGCAAUUUAUUAUCCUUCCCUACAAUUCCGGUCUAAACUUUAAACUGUUAUAACUCAUUUUGAUAUUAGCGUUAUGUUUAUCAAAAUUUCUAGAAAUAUAUAUUUUCUAUUCAAAUCUGUGUUUAAAACUUCAAAAGGGGAGAUUUCUAUUUGAAAAUCAAAAGUAUGUUUAAGUACAUACUUUGAGAUAGUUGCUUGUUUAAGAUAAAAAAAAUCACCUUGUAUAUGGUAUAUUUUAUUCUGGCUUUUGGCCUGAACCAGUCUCGCUAAACCGUAGCUAUGGCUCUGGGUUGAUGUGUAAUAUGUGAAACUAUAGCAUUAAAAAAUUCAACGAAAAGGGAGAAUACGAAUGUCUAGUAAGCUUAGUUACAACACCCGAUUUUUCUGGAUUUGUGUUGUUAUGAUGUUUUUUGUGACCUAUUUUACUGCACUGUUUCAUAAAAAAAAAACUUCACGCCUUCACCAUAAACUUCUAUUGGCUAUAUAGUAUGUAUUAAUUAAACUAUAUUAUUGUACCUAUGUUUUAAAAAUGUAUUUUGAUUAUUUAUUUGUACAAUAGAAAUGGAACAGAAUUUUAGUGUUACUACAAUGGAAAUUGCUAAAGAAGAACUCAGAGAAGAUGAGGCGACAAGAAAGAAUGCAUUAAAUCAAAUGCGGUUAUGGCUGAAAAAAAAUAAUAAAAUUAUACAUUCUCGCAGUGGUAAAUAUUAUUUUGAUUUUAUCAUGAUUAUAAAACAUAAAUAGAUGUUAGCCAUUAGGUACCUAAACAUUUUUAUUUCAUAUAAAUAAAUAUUCUAUUCAUGUUAUAAGAUUGAACAACCUUGCAUGGUGUUUUGAAAUCAAAAAAAACUGGAAUAAAAUCUAUUUUUCAAUUUUUUUUUAUAAAUGAAAUUGUUAAAACUUUUUAGUUUAUUAUUUGUUGAAGUGUAUUACAAAAAAUUUCAAAAAAAAAAAUGUCUUAUUGAAAAAAUCACUAUUUUAAAUUGGAAAUGUAAAAAAUGUUUGAUAAAUUAUCCCAGUUUGUAAAUCAUUAAUAAGUAAAUUCUAAUAUCUCGAUUCUUAAAAACGUUGUUAAAUAUUUGUUAGUGUAUAGGGUAUAAAUUAAAUUUUGUCAAAAACAGUUUUAUAUUUUAUGAUAAAUCCAACGUUCAUUAACAAUAUCGGCAAUAUUAGUCAUUAAGUUAAGAAAAAUACGAGACCUAGACUUAUCCCCUGGGUUCUCCAUCCAUUUUUAUAUUUUAUGAAAGCCUAUGUUUUAAGUUAAUUUAUUAAAGAUAUUACAUAAUGUAUAUUAACAUAAUAUAAUGAAUAAUAAUAUAAUAUUUUCGAAAUUCCUACUUUAUGGCUAUCUUAUUUCUGAGAAAUAAUUUUACCUGUAUAUUUAUUUUCAGUAAGAUUAUUAAAAUGAGCCUCUUUUUAUUUUAUGCAUAAAUUGUGUAAUUUUGUAUUCAAAAAUUAUGUGGCGAUUUUUGUAUUCAUCUGCAUUACUUAAUUAAUUUACUGGGUGUUAUAAUCAUAGACCUAAGUAUAAAGUAUAGGUCUAUUUAUAUAAAUUAUUACAAAAACAUAAGAUGGAAAUAGUUAGUGAAAAUGCAAUUGAAAAAAUAUCAAUAUUAAAUUUUGAUUCCAUAAUUUUCUUACACUUUGAAAUAUACAUCAUAUAUUGGUAAACUUAUAGCAUUUAGGUUAUUUUGAACUUUUUUCAUUAACCUUAGAUAGAUUUAAUCAAAACAAAUAUUAAUGAAAAAAAAAAAAAAUAGGUAGUUCUAAAGAUGGCUUUAGUUAGCAACUCCACUCUUUCUAGGGCAUUCUGAUAUUAAUAAAUUGUGUGAUCAUUUUUUUUUAUAGAUGACAGUUUUUUGCUUAGAUUUUUAAGAGCUAAAAAAUUCAGUUUACCGUUAGCUCAAGAAGCUUUGGAAAGAUAUUUAUUAUUACGACAAACUUUUGGUCGAAAACUUUUUUAUGACAUUGAUAUCAUGUGUCCAAGACUUGAAAAACUACUGACAUUAGGGUAAUAAAUAAAUUGUUAUAAAUAGGUACUAGGUUAAUAAUUUGUAUAAUUUAUUUACAGGUAUAUAUUUGUAGUCCCAAAGCGUGAUAAAAAUGGCCGUAGAAUCAUAAUAACAAGACCAGGUAAAAUAUGGUUUCUUAAAAAAAAAAUAAAUAAUUCAGUACCUAUUGAAUUUUAGUUACUAGUGUCUUAUAGGUUUUAUAUUACUAUAUUAUAGAAAUUAAAAUUUAAUAUUUAUUAAUUGUAUUAUGUAGAUAACAUCAUGUAUUUACAAACUUUAUAAAAUACUUAUCAGUUGAAAUUUGAUAAUUUUUGAGACCAGAAAAUAUCAUUAUUUCAAGUAAAUUUUAUUUUAUUAAAUACUUUCCUGAUUUUAUCCAUCAAUAUAUUAGUAGUAUUGAACUUUAUGGCACCUUAGAAUUGUCCAUAUUUUUUCCUGAAUAAAAAUAAAUUAUUAUUUUUAUAUGUAAACAAAUAUUAAAAUAUGUUUGAUAGAUUAAAUUAUUUUAUUUUUAUUGUAACUCUGACAAAUGCAAUGAUUUUUGUUUUGUUAAAUAUUUUUACAUUUUUUAUAAAAUUCAAGUUAGCCAAUUUAUACAUUUAUUUUCAACAAAAAUAUUUGAGUUACAAAUGUUUAUUAAUGAAGUCACUAAUUUUUUUAAGUACUUUAGAAAUUAACAAAAAUUAAAAUUUAUUGGCACAACUGAAUAAUAAUCAAAAUUAAAUUAAAUAACAAUAACUAGGUAUGCAGUAACACAUAUUAUUGUAUUACUAUUUAUUAUGAGUACAUUUGCAUGAAAAAGUAGUAUAUAAAUAGUUAAUAUUUAGUAUUGACAAUCAAAACAAUUUAAAUUACCAUAAACUUAAAAAAAUGUAGAAAAAUAAGGUUCCAUCAUUAAAGCACUUUUACAACACCAAACAUUUAAUUUUGUAAAAUAAAAUAAAAUAUAAAAUACAAGAAACAUAGUACAAAGCUAAAGUUUCAAUUACAAAAAAAAGAAAAAACCUUUUAUAAUACUGAACAGAACAAAAGUUAUUGCAUUUGUUGGAUGUCUGUGGAAUCUUGUAUAAUUAAAUUAACUUAUAUUAUUGUACAUAAUACAUAGGUAUAGAAGUUUCUUUAAAUAAAAAUAAAUUUGUUUUGUUAUAAUUUACUGUAGGAGUUUUUAAUCCAUCAAAAUGGACUAAUGCAGAUAUGUGUCGAAUGCAUGGUGUUACGUAUGAAACACUUAUGGAAGACCAAGAAAACCAAAUUCGAGGUUUUGUACACUAUACAGAUGCAGCUGGUAUGUGUUUACAGCAAUUAACAUUGUUUACACCAAGGGAAGCAGUUCGGAUUGUUAAAAAUGGAGAGGUAAAUUAUAAAUUAAAAACUUAAUUUCAUAUAUAAAAUGAUUUUAUUCAUAUUCAUAUUCAUGAUAUGUUAAUAUCAUUACAUAUACAUUAUAUAUUUGAAUUUGUAUCUUCUUUAUGAAGACUUACUUCAUAUCUAAUUAUUAUUAAAAUGUUAUUAUUAUGAUUUAUAAUUUCAUAAUGAGUAUUUCUCUUCUUUUAGAUUCUGAGUGGAGCGAGGAAAUUUUUUUUUUUUACAAAGAGAACUUUUCUGUCAGAAAUUUUGUUUCAAUUUUCAAGUGUAGCACUUUUUCUGAAAGGAAACGUAACUGGUGUGGUACUUUAGGGGGGGGGUGUCAUUAUUUAUAAUAAGAAAAUUUUUUUUACAAAAUAUAUUAUUUUCAAAUUAUAAAUAUUAUCAUUUAAAAACAUGUCAAACCAAACUUUGCUCUAAAUUGUUUUUUGGUAGCAAUCAUUGCGUACAGAUGUACAUUAAAUUUCCCGUUCUAUCUUCCCAAAUUCUCACCUACAACAGUGGCCUAUCCAUUGUGAGAAGUAUGUCCAUAUUUUUAUUUUUUUUUUCUAAUACUGAUUUUGAUAUUUAACUUCUCAUAUAUAUAUUGUAUGAACAUUAUUAAAAAGUUAAAAUUAUUGAGCUCUAAUAUGUAUAAAUUGAAUAGUAUAAAAUAAUAAUAAUAAUAGUAAUAAAGAAAAAAAAAUUGCCAAAUCAUAAAUAAUAAUUUAUUUCAUUAUUAAAACUAUCUAGCGAACACUUCCAAUGCGACAUAAAGAAAUAUAUGGAAUAAAUGUACCAUCAAGUUUAAAAUUUGCAUUAGAUUUUGGAUUAUCCUUGAUAUCUGAAAAAAUUAGAAGUCGCGUAAAAGUAACAAACCAAUUAAUAUAAUAAGUACAAGUAAUAAUUACUAUGUAUAACUCAUAUAAAACUAUUUUCCCACCCCAUUAUCAUAGAUAUUUAGUUCAAUAGAAGAGAGUCAUACAUAUGUAGAUAAGUCAUUAUUACCUAAAGAAUAUGGUGGUGAAAUGGAAAUGUCAACAAUGAUUGGUAAACUAUUUUUAAUUUUGAUAAUUUUAUAAUUAGAGUUAUAUUUAUUUAAACAAAUAUAAUAGAUUUAUGGAAACAAGAGAUGUUAGAAAAACGGGAACAAAUUCUUAAGAAUGAGAAAAUGUCAGUUAGAGAUGAUAUGUUUAGCGAGAGUGCAAAACAAGGACGAGUAUCAGCAUUAACAAACAGUCACCAGCACAUGGUUGGUAGUUUUCGUCAAUUAACUGUAGAUUAGUUGUCAUAAUUUUCAACAUUAUAUAAUUACUUUGAAUUUUAUUUUUAUGUAUAAUUUUAAUAUUAAAUGUUAUAUCUUAAUGCAUAACCUCUGAAAAAAAAUUGUAAUGUAUUAUUAAUGUACAAUAUGAAAAUACAUUAGAGAUAAUCUAUACAUUUAAUUAAAAAAAAAAUGUAUAUAUAUAUAUAUAUAUAUAUAUACAUAUAUACAUAUAUAUAUAUAUAUAUAUAUUACUUAGGUAAUGAAUUUGUUUUAUAACAAAAUAAAUAAUAGUAAAUUUAGAACCAACUUAAACAAUUAUAAUUAAGACAAAUUAUUAACAAAUAAAAAUAUAAUUUUUACGUUGUUCAUAUAUUUUUAUUUGAAAACAAAAUAUAUAAAUAUCAUUUUUAUGGCAUGAACAUACCAGUCUUUUAUUAUGUAUACAUACACACAUGAAUUUGUAUGUGUAUUCGUAACAUGUAUACAUAUUUUGUUAAUUAGGUAUUUUGUUUAUAUAAACCAUACAUGUAUAAUAAAAUUAAUAAUGUGUAACAUACCAGAUUCCAAGGUAUUAAUAAUUUUCAUAAAAUUAAAUGUAUAAAUUUGUAGAAAACUUAUCUGAAACAAAAUAAUAUAAUUACAUGGCCAAUAUCAUGAUAAUAUAUUUUAUGAUUAAAUAAAUAAUAACAUGAAUAACGUGAAGAAAAUGUGUACAAUUUUCUUUAUUUUAGAACUCAAAAUUAUCUAAAAACUAAAAAUUCAACAACUAGUUUAAGGUAGUGUUAAAACUAUAAGUAAAUUAUUCUAAAUUUUAAUAUUUGCACUAUGUAUAAUGGUAAGAUGAUAAAUCAGAAUUUAAAUUUUUAAAUUAUUAUGCAGUGUCUAAGUUGCUACAACCUAAUACAGUGGUGAAUCAAGGAUUUUGACAGUGAUGGGGGACUCAAGUUUUUUAAAAUAGAUUUUAAUAAAACAGAUAUAAAGACUUUUAUAAAAUAUUUUCUUUUUUAAUUUUGUUACUUACAAGUUUUAAGUUAUCUGUAAGUAAUGAUAAAUUGUUUCCAAAAAAAAAAAAAAAGAUUUUGAGUGAAAAUUAGUUGCACAUAAUUUAAUUAACACAAAUUGAAAAUUGUACUAAAAAAAAAACCAAUACUAUUGAAAUUUGAUUCUGAAUAAAUAAAUAUAAUGAUUAUAGUAGGACCAUUACAUGUUUUACACAAUUCAUUCAAUCACAUAUGUGUUAGUUGCUGAGUACAUUGGACAAUAAACAUACAUACUGCAACUAUAGGUUUGUUUAUAAGUUAGCCACCACAACACAAAUUUCAUAGUCCCCAGAGUACUCUACUGGAUUUAGUUGUUACUAAACCUGAUGGAUCGAUUAAUAAAUUAUCGUAGGCCGGAUUUAGCCCGCAGACCGUUAUUGAUCACCACUGCAUUGGACCGAUAAACUGAACUAAAAUAAACAUAAGUACAAGUAGUGCAAUUUUUGUUUUCAAAAUUUUUUUAGCUUUAUGUAUUCAAUUUACAUGUACUCAUCUUGUACUAAAAUUAACUUCAGAUUAGUGAUUUUUUUUAUUUUGUACCUAAAGUAUCAUGUAAAUAAAAUGAUUUGUUAUUGACAUCAUAUUUAUACCAGCUAUACCAUAACAGAAGAGUGGAACUUAUAGUGUAAAUGCAUUAUAUUUCUUUUGAAAGUUGCCCUCUACCCAAAUUGGACUCUGGAGAUGCGCACCUAUGUCUGUGAAGAACAUAUUGAUUGUUUUAAAUGACGAUCAUGGUAUUAGUAACAAUAAUAGAUGAAUAGUAGACAUUUCAGAGUGGAGUAAAAUGUUUACUAUUUAUGAGAUGAUUCCAGGUUUUCUUUUAAACCAAACAGGAUAACUAUAUAUAGAUAUUUAUAUCAUACUAGUGUGCAUUAAAUAUGUUUAAGUAAUACAGGGUGUGGUAGAAAAAACUUGCAGACUUGGUUAGCUAAUAAAAAUCAAUUUUAAAAAUUAUAUCACUUAAGUUGUGGUUUUCCAUUGUCAAUAUAGUGAUUGACCUUAAUAUAAUUUCCAAUGAUUCUACUAGUCAUUUCAAGUGAAGUGGUAAUAAUUUACAAUGUAUGAGCACAAUAUAGAUACACCUGAGUUUUGAUGUAGCCCCAAAGAAAAAAAAUCUCAGGGUCAAAUCAGACAAAGUGGUGGCCUAAUGUCAUUACGCAAGGAGAUAACAAGCCUAAAAACCAUUUACCUCAAAAUUUCAAUUAUUCCAUUUUGAAUAUAUUCCUCAAAUAAAAACGCUGUUUAGCGAUAGCAGUUCUGCUGUUUUACUCCUCCGCCCCUCCCUUUUAACCAUAACUAGAAAUCCAAAAUUGUGAAUUUUUUAUUAACCACAUUCUGUAUUAAAUUAAAUUUACAAUAAAAGAUAUUUGUAGAUUUUAAGAUAUUUACAAAUAUUUUGUAACAAAUUAUAUAAAUAUUUAAAUACAAAUAAAUUACAUAAUAGUAAAUAUUCAGGUUUCACUAAUUUUAAAACACAAACAUACUUACUAUAGUUUUAAAGGUAUAUAUGAUGGCAAAUCCAAUAUUGGUGCACGGCGCUUAGGUACAAUAUGAAUUAACUCAUUUUUAUUUGAUUUUUCAAAAUUAGUAGUUAGUACUUCAAAGUAUCUAGGUUCAUCGAUAUCAAAAAGAGUAUUUUUUUCUUCACUUUGAUUAUGAGGGUAGAGACACCUUUGACCAUGUGGACACUUACUCUUUGAAUCAAAAAUUGGACAUAGAUUCAAGUGUUUUUUAGGACACUUAAUUAUGUAAAAUACA